AUGAUCACCAACAGCCUGCUGUGUGCCAAACCUCAGGGCAGCAGCUGUAUCGCUGCAGGCUUGGACCUCUUUGAAGGGGACAUCCUCCUGCAGAGUUUACAGAAGGGGAAAGGAAGCCAAAGAGACCAGCCAUCCAGUCAGCUUUGCCUUUUGUUUCUGCAGAAUUCCAGAAAUGGCCUGAGAGACCCGAGCUCCAGGUGGAAGUUCCCCAUUCCUUACAUCCUGGCCGACAAUCUGGCACUGAAUGCCAAAGGAGCCAUUCUCUAUGCCUUUGAAAUGUUCCGCCUCAAGUCCUGUGUGGAUUUCAAGCCCUAUGAAGGCGAGAGCUCAUACAUCAUCUUUCAGGAAUUUAGUGGGUGCUGGUCUGAGGUUGGCGACCAACACGUGGGACAGAACCUCUCCAUUGGCCAGGGAUGUGACUAUAAGGCCAUCGUGGAACAUGAGAUUUUGCACGCUCUGGGGUUUUACCAUGAGCAGUCAAGGCCAGACCGAGAUGAUUAUGUGAAUAUCUGGUGGGAUGAAAUUCUUCCAGGUUACCAACACAACUUUAACACCUAUGAUGACAGCUUCAUCACAGACCUCAACACACCCUACGAUUACGAGUCUCUGAUGCACUACCGGCCUCUGUCGUUUAACAAGAAUGAUAGUGUCCCUACCAUCACGGCCAAGAUCCCUGAGUUUAACUCCAUCAUUGGGCAGCGUAUGGAUUUCAGUGCCAUUGAUCUGGAGAGGCUGAACCGAAUGUACAACUGCACCACAACUCAUACCUUUUUGGACCACUGUGAUUUUGAGAAGGCAAACAUCUGUGGGAUGAUUCAGGGUACCAGAGAUGAUACUGACUGGGUCCAUGAGGACAACGCUCAGCCUGGACAAGUGGAUCACACCUUGGUGGGACAAUGCACAGGCGCCGGCUACUUCAUGUACUUGAACACCAGCUUCGGGGCAGCGGAGGAGGCGGCCAUGUUGGAGUCUCGGAUUCUUUACCCAAAGAGGAAGCAGCAAUGCCUGCAGUUUUUCUAUAAAAUGUCAGGCAGCCCUUCAGAUAGACUGGUCGUCUGGAUCAGGAGGGACGACAGUACUGGCAACGUGCGCAAGCUGGUCAAGCUGAAGACCUUUCAAGGAGAUUUUGACCACAAUUGGAAAAUUGCCCAUGUGACCCUCAGAGAGGAAAAGAAGUUUCGCUACCUUUUCCAGGGCACAAAAGGUGACCCCCAGAACUCGAGUGGGGGAAUUUACUUGGAUGACAUCACUCUGACGGAAACCCCAUGCCCCACAGGGGUUUGGACAGUCCGGAAUUUCUCCCAGGUCCUGCAGAACACGGUGAAAGGGGACAAACUCCACAGCCCUCGAUUCUAUAAUUCAGAGGGCUAUGGUCUGGGGUUGACCUUGUACCCUCAGGGCAGAACGAGCUCCGGGAGCUCUGGGUACUUGGGACUCACCUUUCACCUGUGCAGUGCAGAGAACGAUGCUGUCCUUGAGUGGCCAGUGGAGAACAGACAGGUGAUCAUGACAAUACUCGACCAAGAAGCCGAUGUCAGGAAGAGAAUGUCCUCCAGCAUGGUGUUUACUACGUCCAAGACCCAGACAUCUACAGCUAUAAAUGGCUCGGCCAUCUGGGACAGGCCCUCGGUCGUGGGGUCUUUUGACAACAGUUGCGAAUGUUUCAGAAGCAUUGACUGGGGCUGGAGUGCUGCCAUCUCCCACCAAAUGCUGAAAAGGCGAAGCUUCCUUAAAAAUGAUGACCUUAUCAUUUUUGUGGACUUUGAAGAUAUCACCCAUCUUAAUCAGACUGAAGUUCAAGUUCAAAACAGCAGGCUGACCCCCCAAGGCCUUGUUCUCCAUGGCCAGGAGCAGCAGACCUCAGAAGAAGAUUCGAGAAAGGCCCCCUUAGAGACAGCCCUCCCGAGCAGCCUGGACCAGGGGCAGAGCAGCCGACAGAAGCGGUCAGUGGACAACACGGGCCCCUUGGAGGACCACAACUGGCCACAGUACUUCAGAGACCCGUGUGACCCAAACCCUUGUCAAAAUGAGGGCAUCUGCGUGAACGUGAAGGGGAUGGUGAGCUGCAGGUGCGUCUCGGGUCACGCCUUCUUCUACACGGGGGAGCGAUGUCAGGCCCUGCAGGUGCACAGCAGCGUCCUGGGCCUGCUGAUCGGAGGCGUGGCCAGCGUGGUCUUCUUGACCUUCACCGUCAUCUCCAUCCUUUACCAAAGGUCAAGGCAGUGAUGCCCAAGGAAGUCAGCCAGAAGCAGAAAUGCCCCCCGCCCUUGGACCCUCCCUUUCCUUCCUCUGCUAAGUGUAGUUUGGGGCUGUUUUCUUUCAGCCUUGCUUUGCCUCCAGCCUCCUGUGUGACCCUUCUGUUUUCUAUACCCCUGCCCCCACAUGGUUCUGUUACCCUGCUCUGUGCUCCCAAUGUAC